AUGACAUCAUCGAGACAACCUCUUCAAGAAAGUGCUUAUAUUAUAGAACAGCAAAAGGAGAAUAUCACCCCAUUGAGUGGUGGACGAUCAGUAACAAAACUAGUCAAUUUACUACCCAAUGCUAAUCAUUUUGAUCAUAAGAUGAACUUGGCAAAAGAGAAGGCUCAAUUUGAACAAAAGCUCUUAGAAUCCGAGGAUUUAGAUGAUCCAUUGCAGAUUUAUGUUGACUAUUUGAAUUGGAUUCAUUAUAAUUAUCCCCAAGGUGCUAAUACAGACAGUGGAUUGGUUACCCUUCUAGAACAGUGUACAGCUAAAUUCAGAGAUGUUCCACACUAUAAGAAUGAUCCACGUUACUUGAAGAUUUGGAUGGAAUAUACUAAUUAUUCCGAUACACCGAAGGAUAUUUUCAUUUAUUUGGCUAAAAAAGAUAUUGGAACUCAAUUGGCUUUGUAUUACGAAGAAUUUGCUUCAUACCUAGAGUUGCUGAAAAAAUACGUUGAUGCUAAUCAGAUAUAUGAAUUGGGUAUCCAAUCAAAUGCUUAUCCAUUGCAUCGAUUACAAAAAACAUAUACUGCUUUCAAAGAAAGAACGGCAGCACAAUUGGAUACAGUUUCGAAUACCUCGACUGUCGUUCGAGAAGUAUUGGCACUUAAGAAAGGUUCAAGAGUUUUUCAAGAGAGUGAUGAGCAAGAACAUCCUCGAAAGAAAUCAAAGCUAGAGGUGUUCAAAGACGACAGUGCAGAGAGUAAUGGCAGUAUUUUACAAAGUAUAUUUGGCACUAGUACUGGCGCUGAAAGAGACCUUCAAUUAAAUCCUGUACGACAGAGAGUCAAGGAAAACAUCAUAUCUGCUAGUACUUGGAAAGGUCAGAUAUUGAAACAACGAGUUGUGACGCCACCAUCUUCAUCAAAGAUCCCCGUUUUUUGUGACGAACAACAACCACAGAUAGAGACCAAAAAACUGCUUGUAUUGGACCACAAAAGCAGAACUUGUACUUUAUUGGAAACAACUGGAAAGAAACCAGAAAAGGUAUUUGUCAAUAUGGACCUUGUGUACCCUGAUGAAUUGAACGAAAUUAGCUUUCUUGAGUUAUUGGCUACAAAUCGAGCAAUGGUAAAAGCAAGGAGGUUGGCAACUACCCAAGUGAUUCAAAGCCCAAUUCCUAGUGUCAGAUAUGAACAAUUAGGUGAUCCUAACGAUGAUGGUGAUACAAAAACAAUUACUUUGGCUCUCAAUAACAAUGUACUAGAAGAUAAAACCCGUAUUGCAAAUGAGCCAACUAUUACCAUGAACGGAAAUAUCGCCAAUCAAGAGCUACACAGUAUCUACAAUGAUAUUGGACACGAGUAUAAUUUUGAAGAUGAGGAAGAAAAGUUCCCUGAACCAACAAUUACCAACUAUGAUGGUUUUAUUACAGAAACAAUUGAACCACAGUUAGGGGAUGACAAGUGCCAGAACGAACUAAUACCAACUCAAGUUGAUACUCAACAGAUUGACCAGAUAGCCACAACACCCCCUACAGAUAUUGAAAACAGUUAUCAAGAUAAUGAUGCGAGUUCCCCAUUUGUCCGCGAACCAUCUUUCUUAAACACUCAGCCAGUCGAUCCAUUUGAUGUUGAUUUACAAGAUGGGUUCCUAGAUACUUUGGCAAUUCCGAUGACAACAUAUUCCGGCUAUUUUGACAAAUCAAAUAUCAGUGUUAAUCGUAUUAAAAAAUUUCGUGAUAUCACAAACAAAAACCAGACUAUCAAUAAAAGUUCACAACUGGCGAUUAUAGACUAUUGUGGUGAUGAAAUAUACUGUUUAUUGCAUGAGCUUGGUAAAGGCGGAUAUGGCUAUGUUUAUUUAAUAGAGGAUGGCUCAACUGGGAACCUUAAAGCAUUAAAGAUCGAAUCACCUUCAAACAGAUGGGAAUUUUACAUUCUACACCAGAUACAUAGAAGAUUGGUCUGUGAAGCUAAUUAUAAGCAAAAAUAUUUUAUCCGAGCUGAUGCUUUGUAUUAUUUUAAAGAUGAGAGUUUUUUGGUUAUGGAUUAUUGUAGUCAAUCUACAUUAUUAGAUGUUGUUAAUAAUUUCAAAAAUAAUGGUUCAUUAGUUGAUGAAGUAUUGGUUGUAUUUUUCACAAUUGAAUUGAUGAAAAUUGUCGAGACCUUACAUUCUAUCAAGAUCUUACAUGGUGAUUUAAAAGCAGAUAAUUGUAUGGUAAGGUUUUCCACUGUUGACAAUGAUGUCUGGGCUGAAGAAUAUGACAGGAAUGGUAGAUAUGGUUGGAAUUCGAAAAGUUUAACAUUAAUUGAUUUUGGUAGAGCUGUUGAUAUGAAUUUAUUCUCUGAUGAUACAAGAUUUAUCAGUCAUUUCAAAACAGAUGAACAAGAUUGUCCACAAAUGAAUGAAGGAAGACCUUGGACAUAUGAAGCUGACUAUUAUGGAUUAGCAGGAAUUAUUCACACGUUAUUGUUUGGAACUUAUAUUAGAAUAAUUAAAACUAAUAACAGGAUUAAGCUACGUUCUCCAUUAAAGCGAUAUUGGCAAACUAAUUUAUGGUCAGAAUUGUUUGAUCUUUUAUUGAAUCCAUAUAAUGAAAAUGAAACUGAAUAUCCUCUGAAAACUCAGGAACUUGGUGAAAUCCGUGAAAGAUUUGAAGAUUGGUUAGAAAGAAAUUCAAAAGGAAAAUAUUUGAAAAAUAUAAUAAAGACAGUUGAAACUGAACUUAAUUCUAUAAAUACAUCCAGAAUAAAUUAA